CGGUAGGGUUUGGGUGUCUGUGUUUAAAAAAGUAGCAGAGGAAAUUUGACGGAAGAUGUGGAGGGUGGAGAAGAAAUUAGUUAAAAAGUAGCGGAAACAGGAAUAUAGGCAGAGCUCUGCACACACAUUAUACAGUAAGAAAGCUGGAUUUGUUUGCGGCAGGAUUAUAUCGCUAAAGAAUCAUUUUGCUUAUAUUGUAGUCGAAGAUUUUUUUUUACACACACCGAACGAAGCUGUACCGGCGGGUUGCCUCCUUGGUGCGCCUACCUGUCCAAGACUCUAUUUGAUGCCUCAAGGAGACUGGCAAGGACAAGCUGACAUCCUCUGUAUUAUCACUGAAGGGCAUCCUUCAUCUCCGCUCCAGGCUUACCUGCUGGGUGGUUUAGCAUAAUCCUCUGUUCUCAUGCUGGGAGAUGAGAAACUCACACAGGAGGACAGGGGCCCAGGCUAUAGAAAGAGAGAAACAGCCGGACAGGGAGCAGCAGUUCAUGGAAGACAAAAAAAGGAAGAAAGACGAUAAGAAGAAGAAAGAGGCUGCUCAGAAGGUUGCAGAACAAAAAACCAAAGUGCCCGAGGUGACAAAGCCGGGCCCCGCCCAGCCGCUGGCCGCCAGCCCUGUUGGCAGCAGCCCCGUGCCACCUGCCAACGGUGGCAACAAUGCCAAGAGGGUGGCGGUGCCGAACGGACAGCCGCCCAGCGCCCCGGCGCAGCGCUACAUGCCCAGGGAGGUGCCCCCGAGAUUCCGCUGCCAGCAGGACCACAAAGUCCUGCUGAAGCGUGGCCAGCCCCCUCCCCCAUCCUGCAUUCUCCUGGGGGGCGGGGGGCAGGCUCCCCUCACCCACCCCCAAUCCUCCGCAACUAACCAAGGGGACAGUGGAGUCCACACAGUAUGGAACAGCAGUGCCCCCUCUGGUCCGCCGGUGGAUAACGGCACAGCUGCCUGGUGCAAGCCCAACGAUGGCAGCACAGGCUGGGGAGAUCCCGAGGAUUCUGGGAAGUCUCCGUCAGGUUGGGGGAACCCCUCUCCCAACCCCAUCAAACCUGGUUCGAAAUCUAUGCAAGAGGGCUGGGGCGAGGCUGAGAGCCAGGUGACGGCAAAGCGGCACUCCAGCUGGGAGGAGGAUGAGGAGGGGGGGGUGUGGAACAGCGCUGGGUCCCAGGGCAACAGCUCCGGCUGGGGCCAGGGAGGAGGGGCAGGGGGCAAGAAGAUCAACAUUAAGGGUCCUUUAAAAGGAGGAAGCGGUGAACCUUGGAUGAACCCUCUGUCCAAGCAGUUCGCAAACAUGGGACUCCUGAGCCAAGCUGAUGAUCCUGCGGGCAGUAAGAUGGAUUUGUCAGUUGGAGGCCCCCUGCAGGAUAAGAAGCUGGAGGCUGAGAAGCGAGGGAUGAAUCUGGGCGACUACAACGGAGAGCUGAGGAAGGGGAGACAGGUCUUCCGCCCGCCCAAUUCCAAAGACAUGGGACCGGGGGACUCCGGGCCCUACUACGACAAGGCUGGUAAUCAUGGAGUGUUCGGUGGCGGCAGCGGCAUGGCACAGUCGCGUGGUCUGCACCCGGCGUCGGUGCCACCCAUUAACCCUUCUGCUGGGCUGCGAGCUCAAGUGCCUCCCCAGUUCCUGUCCCCUCAGGUGUCCGCGUCCAUGCUGAAGCAGCUUCCCCAGAACAGCGGCCUGAACACGGGGCUGUUCAACAUGGCCCCCCAGCUCUCCCCGCAGCAAAUCGCAAUGCUGAGCCAGCUGCCACAGAUACCACAGUUCCAGCUGGCUUGUCAGCUUCUCCUGCAACAGCAGCAGCAGCAGCAACAGCAGCAGCAGCAGCAGCAGCAGCUCCUGCAGAACCAGAGGAAAUUCCCCCAGAACGUGAGACAGCAGCCAGACCCACAGCAGCUGGCCCGCAUGAUGAAUGUUCUUCAGCAGCAGCAGAGGCAGCAGCAGCAGUCUGCGGGGGGGAUGAAGCACUCUCCCUCUCACCUGGGGAUGCCCAAACAGCACCUGGACAACCUGGUGCACUCCGGCAUGCAGGACCUGCACCCCAAAGGACAGAUGCCAGGAGGGUACUCUGGGUUUGGCUCCAGUGCGAACCUCGGCAGCCUGGACUUCAACUCCAUGGUGGGGGGUGGGAAGGAGUCUGGCUCUCAGCAGUCUCGCUUCAAGCAGUGGACAUCCAUGAUGGACGGGCUGUCCCCUGCAGCGUCCCCGCCGGAGCCCCCCAUGCACAAGAAUGGUGCUUUUGUACCACCAGGGAAGGUGCGAGGCAACUCCCCCUACUCCCAGUAUGACAUGUUGGGUUCAGAUUCACUGGGCGGGCACAGCGUUGGGGACAGCUGGCUCCCACCCCGCUCCGCCACCAACAAGAUGGGGAAUAAACCCAGCCACGCCAGCUGGCCACCGGAGUUCCAGCCUGGAGUGCCAUGGAAAGGGAUUCAGAGCGUGGACCCCGAGUCUGACCCCUACAUGACCCCCGGGAGCGUGCUAGGCGGCUCGGGUGUGUCUCCCAUCGUCGACACCGACCAUCAGCUCCUCCGAGACAACGCAGGUUCUAACCCUUCUCUGAACACCUCGCUGCCUUCACCCGGUGCCUGGCCCUACAGUGCCUCCGACAGCUCCUUCUCACAUGUGCACAGCACUUCAGCGAAGCACAGCGAGUACAAGUCCAGCUGGCCCCCUGACCCCAUCGGACACAACAAGCUCUGGAAGAGCUCCCGCAACACUACAGCACUGCCCCGUCCCCCUCCUGGGCUCACCAAUCAGAAACAACCCUCUUCCUCCCCCUGGAUUGGGGGAGCUCCCCGAUUGGCUCGAGGCUGGGGAGGCGGCAGUCAGGACUCCAGAUAUGUGGGAGGUUCGACGUGGAGUGACAGUGGGGUGGCCCGGACUAGCUGCUGGCUGGUGCUUAGUAACCUCACUCCACAGAUCGACGGCUCCACCCUACGUACGAUCUGCAUGCAGCAUGGCCCCCUGCUGACAUUCCACCUGAACCUGACGCAGGGCAGCGCUCUGAUCCGCUACAGCAGCAAGCAAGAGGCGGCCAAGGCACAGACUGCACUGCACAUGUGCGUGCUGGGGAACACCACCAUCCUGGCGGAGUUUGUGAGCGAGGAGGAGGUCAGCCGCUAUUUUGCACAUUCCCAGGGUGGAGUCACUGGCGGGGCUCAGAACACCGCGGUGUCAGCGUCUGUGUCGAGCAGCUCGGGAGGAGGAGGGGGGGCAAGUGUGCCAGUGACGGGAGGGGGGGGGGGCUGGCAGAGCCUAGAUACUAGUGCCAGCCCUGUGGACCCCAGCAACAGCGGGGCAGGCGCCAAUCUGAACCUGUUCAGCCAGUGGAGCAGCGGAGCAGCAGGCAGGGCCACGGUGGGGGGCGGCGCGGGGGACACCCAGCGCCAGUCUCUCUGGGGUGGAGCCCCCGGGUACCCCUCGAGUUUGUGGGGCUCCCCCAGCAUGGAAGACAGCCACCAAAUCAGCAGCCCGGCUCCUCUACUGCCAGUGGAUCUCCUCGGAGGGGGCACGGACUCCAUUUAAAAAAAAAAAAAAAAAAAUUUAAAAAUCUGAACUGGGUUUAUUGUUAUGGAGAAAGAGGAGGAUGAGGAAGAAAAAGAAGAAAAAAAACUUUCAACUCUGACCUCGUUUUAACCAAUUUUGUGUGUGUGUGUAUGCGUGAAUGUGUGGGAAGAGCGUGUGUGUUCUGGAACAGCACUAAUAACUUGACAGUUUUUUUUUUUUGUUUGUUUUUUUCCCCCCAACUUGCAAUAAACCAAGUUUUAUUAGAAAUACAAGGACAAAAAAUAAGACUACGCCAAAAUAUUCAGUCAGGGGGAGGGAGAAGCAAUUAUCGGUCUUGAAGCAUAUGACCCGUUUUAACUUAAUUACUAAGAAAUGAACAUAUCACUUUCUUUCAAAAUAUACUUGAACAAUGAUCGCCAACUGAAAGAGAGAGACACUCAAAUGUGAAACGAGAUGCAUUUUUAAGACAGAAAAAGCAAACAUUUAUAACAGAGUUUUUUUUUUUUACUUUUUAUUUGUAUGUUUCUACAGGUGUAAACGUGUUGUAUACUGGAGCAAGAGAGAGAAACAAACAGUCUUUAUCUGCACUGGGUGUGUUUCCAGCCAGCUCUUGUAAAUUGGUGGAAUCUCACUGUAAUAAUACAUUGGGGGUGGGUAUAUAUAUAUAUAUAUAUAUAUAUAUAUAUAUAUAUAUAUAUAUAUAUAUAUAUAUAUAUAAAAUGCAAACAUAAAUAAUAAAAUGAAGAGAGGAAAAGAAAUGGAGUGAAUGGCAGGGAACCUGGCAGCACAUGGUUGAAAGGUAAAGCAUUUUGCAUUGUGUCCCUUGCAGCACCCUGGUUUUGAAGCUCAAACCACAAUCAUCGACCACCCCUAUAAGUUCCUGUUGCCAGCCAUGCACAGUACAGAAAACGUUUACCCACGAAUGUUCUUAAAGAAUUAUCCUUUUGUUCAUUGCUUUGUUUUGUUUAGUUGUGUGUUCUUUUUUUUUUUUUUUUUUUUUUUAGUAUUGAUUGCCUAGCAAGAUUUAAAGUAUUGCACCUUUUGUUUAUGGUUUAGCUUGUUACAAGUACUACUUUGCUUUUAGGUUUGUCAUUUUUUGUAUUUCCUUUAAGAAUCUUAAAAAUAAUACACAGAGCAUCCUUUCAGCUCCCCGCAGAUAUAAACACUGUUAGAGCUUGCAAAGAUACUGGCUGCUCAUUGCAUUCUUUUUUAUGUAGCUUGGAAACUAAAACCACAAUAACUGACUUCUAUUUUAUCACAAAAACGGGAACCUUUGGAGGAAAAAAGAGCCUGUUUUGCACACUUGUCAUUGAAUUAACAAUGCUGAGGCUGGCUUCCAUUACUCUGUAGUAGUUUGGAUUAUAGGUUGUAGAUGGAGGAGAAAUUGGUUCAGGAAAAGUGGUGCGAACACGCGAAUACCUUUUUUGGUGUUAAAAUAAAUUUGUCAUUGUAUUUACAUGUGGUCCCAGUUUUUAAAGUCUGUGGCCAUUGAGUUGAAACAGUGCUAGUUUUGAUGCAGCACUUAGAUUUUAUAUUUGUUUGUUUACUUUUGUCUGAAGCGAGACACUGUUGUAGACUUGCAUUGUGGACUUCCGUAAUGUCUGUCUCCUGCAAUCCCUCCCUGGAGGUCGUUGACUGUAGUUUAUUGAAUACUGCCAGAAGCUAGACUUGUCCUUCCUGUGGUCUAGUAGAAGCACUACCCUGUUUUGCACAGAAAUCCAAGGCUGGUCUGUAGAAGUACAGCAACCGAACUGACAAGAGUUUAUCAUUUGUGACACAAAGGAGCUUGUGACUUGGACCAUACAAAUUAAACAAGAAUUUAAUUACACAUUUUGUUACACGAUAAGUCACUAAACAGUUCUAGACUUUAACAAACUCAAUGUCUUUUAAUCCGUGAAGUUCUGUAAGUGUUUCUGAACUCACUCUGCAGUGGCUGUUUGUAUGUAUGUGUGUGUGUGUAACGCAAAAUGCCACAAAAAAAAAAGACAAGUUACACAAGCAAGGGUGUGGGAGACCACUUCUCCAGUCUGGCAUGAUUUAUUUUUUCAAUUUUAACUCCUUUGGUUUAGAUCUGUGACCUAAUUGAUCAGAACUGUGCCCAAACAAGAACAAUCAGCCUCCUGCUAAAUCUACUGUUCAUUCUUAACUCUCCAACCAGUAUAGUUUCGCAGUUUGAGUCGUGGCUCUUUUGUAAUUGCCUGCUGGAGGAGAUCUUGGCAAACAUGGAGGGGAAAAUGGUUUACCUUGUCUGCUUCAAUGCUGAAUUAGCAUGGGCUUAAAAGCUGAAAUCUUGUCAAUAAAAAGGAGGGUGCAGAAACAAAAAAGUAGGAGUCUACCCUACACAACUCGAAACGUCCGUCUCGGCAGCGUCGUCCUAUGCUUUGAAAACAUAUGUACUGUAUGUGCAGAAUUUUACAUAAAACUGUUACAUUUUACAAUCUCUAUUACACUUAUACAUAAUGUCCUGCACUAUUUAAAACAAAGGUUGAGUUGGUCUGACAACUAUUGUUGUUGUUUUUUUUUUUAAAGGAAAAAGAAUAAACAAUGCAUAAAUGUGCGCACUUACAAUCCAAUUCUGUUUGACGGUGUACAAACGCAAGAUGUUUAAUUGGGCAAUAAUAUCCGAUGUCACGGGAAUUACCAGACCGUGCCAAAGCACUCUAAAUGUGGUCAUUGUCUGUGUGGGGUGGGCUAUUAGAAAAAUCUGUUGAAAGAUACAGGAUGCUUAAGAGAGAAGAUUUGGGAAACAAUCACAUUGAGAAAAUAAUUAAAUAUAUCUUAGAGAUAGGACUUUAAACAUCUGCAUUUCCCCGGUAAUGCAUUUCUGACCUGUUUUCAUGUCCUGUUGCAUGUGUGUUCUGUAUGAUGUGUUCUACUUGGAACUGCACAAGCGAAUGAAUGAUCUGAAAAGUCUCUUAAAGGUGAUUGUAGGGAAAGUGCCAUGCUUGGCACUGAUGACCAUAGAUGAAGCAUUGUGCACUGAAGCUUGUGCAAAACAGGCAAAUGUAAUGGAAGAAUAGCAAAUCUAAGCAGAGGAGGAGAAUGGUAUGCACACAGUAGGAUAUUAAACAGCUAAGAAAUUCCCUUAAACAUGCUGAUUUCUACAGGGUAAGCUGUAAGGCAUGCACUUGUUUUGUCUUGUAAAAUGUGUUUCCUGCACCUACAUGCUGGUGUGUUUUGUAAUGCAGGGCUGUUUGCCUGAGCAUGCUCACUUUAUUCCAAAGAGGUUCCAGGUGGUCACUGUUGGUCGUCAUGUGUGGCAUUGAUUACAGAACCGGCUUUACAAAUUGUAGUCUGUGUGGUGUUGUGUUUUUGUUUGUUUGUUUAGUUUUUUCCUAAAAGCAAUCAUUUGGAGCAGUGUUAACGGUAUGGCCCGAAAUUGAACAACAUUUUUUAUUUACGAAGUGUUUAAGGAAGGUUAGGGGAAUCGAUAAAUUAUUUUUAAAAAAUAAAUAAAACAUUUGUAGGUAUAUUUGGUGGGGUUGACUCCUCCCAUCUCCUUUUGAAGUGCAGAUCAGGUAGAGUGAAACAUUCAGGUAAUCUGCACUUGUCCCCUCUUGAGAUCUUUCCAGCAUAUCUUUCCCAGAUUCCAGAACCACAGUCUGCUGUGUUAUGCAGAGCUGGUGUGCCAGGGCUCUGAGCUGCAGCGUCCGCCUGUAUCUGAGAUGCAUGUUUUUGGAGAUUUGUUCUCUUUUCCUCUCCUAAUUCUCUAUUUACUAAUACAUUCAUAAUCAAAGUCUUGCAUAAAUAGAAUGAUUGAAGACUUGGACAAAACUUUGCAGACAGAUCAAGUAUUUAGUGACCACUGACGUGUCAGUAAGUUGACAAUAUUCACGGGCUGCCUUGGACAUUGCAGAGGGAGCAGCAGGGUGUUGCUAACCCCAGUGUUUCCCUGGUCACGCAGAUUGCACUUGUCACUGUUCAUGCUCCGCCCUGCGUACCGAACUGUUUAAACUGCCUGCCACGUCCUUCCAGGUGCUGCUCGAGGCACCAAACAUGCAGCUCACUCCAUCUUCUGAGGUUUCUUUCACUGUAGUACAACAUUGAAUGACCCUCUACUCCUCCUUCCUUUCUUCUAGAAAAAAGAUUCUGCAGAUUUAAUUGUAUUUGUUGUAUUCGUUUGAGUGCGUGAGUUAAAUAAAUAAAUUGGGAUGAUUUCAGCCAGGACAAAAUAACCCAUUUUACAAAGACGAUCAUAUGCCUAGAAUUGCAGCAUCGCAGGUGUUUGCUUGGACUCGCAGGCUUGCGAAGAAAGCCCUUUCAUACUUGAAAAUGCUACAAUAAAAACAAAUAUCCUUCUAAUGUGUUUAAAGAAAGACAGUGUUGUCUCUUUAAUUUAUUUUUAUGUACGUUUUACCUCUAGUAUUGUUAAUUUCUAAUACCGGCUUCUCCACCCUCACUGCAUCGAACCCUCCUGUUUGCAAUGCCAGCACAAUGCUACACUGGUCCCCUUUGAUAAUACCACUGUAACCAAUGUGUUCAUUAAUCUGUACAGCGCUUGGUGCAGAAACUGGAGGUUUGAGUGCAGAUUUAUUGACUCUCAUUUGUUACUUUUUGGUUUUUAAUGUACAACUCAAGUGGUUAGAAAGGGUGGGGGCACAAGAGGUUAGGAGCUAUUGCAGGUUCUUUUGUAACCCGGUAUGGGUUGGUUUUGUUAUGUUUUUGGGAGGGGGGUGAAUGGUUUUGUAUGAAUGAGUUAACCUGACUGACACAGGGAUGUUCUGUAUACUACCAGAUGCUAUAUAGAGAGCUCGGAAGCUCCCAGGUUUUCAUAAGUUUAUAGUUUACAAAGUUACAAAGGCUAUUGAGCAACAGCAAACACACCUGGUAAUGCUCCUGUAUGUGUGUGUGUUCCUGUAGCCUUUCAAUCUUACUGAAAAUAAGAGUUAUUGUAUAUUUAAAAAAAAAAAGAAGAAAAAAGCCUUGAUCUUAUUUCUCUAAUAGAUGGCCUUGAUAUGUAUUAAUAUGCAAAUGUGAAUUUUUAAUCUGUCAAAGAUGUGUUAAGAUUCUUUUUUUAAGAAAAGGAGAAAAAAAACUAAAUUCCCUCAAGCUUUUUGGUGUUAAAAGUAAUUUGUUUGUACAAAAACUUAAACUAAAAAAAAAAAAAAAAAAAGUUAA